GUACUGCGGAUAUUUAGUUUAGGCGUGGUCGCUAUUCAUGAAGCCUGAAUGUCCACAAGAGAUCAACUCUUCUAUACUUUAACUCAUGAUACGCUGAUUGUCAGAGGUGCAUGUAUGCAGGCCAAGACGCAUGGCUCUGCAUGCAGGGAGCAGAUCAGCGGCACUGGGCAUUGUUACUCUUCUUCACUCUCAUCCAACACAAUCAUGAGCAACGACAAACAUGACAGACUGAAUACUUCACAACACAAGUCUCCUCAUAUCAGGCCUCUACGAAUGGUUGUUCAAGCAGUGACGGUAGUAACAAGAUAUGAGCCAGUCAGUGAAAUGGCAGGCAGCAAACGCAAGCAAAGCAGGUACCCGUGAAAUCAGGAUUUAGGCCGAACGCGCAUGUCGCAAACACCCGGAUGGAGAUAUACGGAGUAUUAUCUAUCACUUGUUUCGAUGCAUCAGCAUUGCGCCGUCGAGUUUGAGUGAUGACCCGCAUGGUUGGUAAACAAGAUGCGCAGGGUAGGCGCGUCCUUGCUGGCGCUUGACUUAACUUGUCUGUUGUUUGUGUGACGUGCUCUUCCCUCCUUGGGUACAGAUUCAGCUUCAAUAUCGUACCUUCUGAGAACGUAAUAACUUACAGUGGAAAGCGCUCACUGUUUUAGUG